AAAAAAGGUCCAGUGGUUCAACUAUUUAAAUAGAGGCGGAUUAAGUGUUAAGUUCGUUUUUUGCUCGGUAUGUAUACCAAAUUUCUGGGGUAUACUUUUAACGCAAAAAUGAGCAAUUUCUGCGGCUAAUUUUAUAAGCUUGCUGUAAAAGCUUGUUGGUCCACUGGGUAAUAACUUGUUGAAUAGGCAACAGAAUCGGCCAACUUGUCGCUCUAGCGCACGUGGUUGUUGUUGUUAUUCUAAUUAUACAAAUCCACACUCAGAAGAACACGACACGCAAGCGUACGCAUUAAAACAACUCUACACGUCACCAAAGUUUCUCCCCCCAAAGCAGAAUGCGUCAAUUGAAAGGCAAGGUCAAGGAGACGCGCAAACAGAAGAAGGAGCGCAAACUAGAUAAUGUGGAAAUACAGGGAAAAAUUCGUACAAUUGUUUUGCCGGCCAUGGGCGUCGUAGCACUAGUUCUAGUGCUGUUCGUCUACCUAAAGACGCGGCCUGCAGUCACUGCCUAGUGCAACGAUAAACAUUCACACCGUCCCAUGACCGUUUAUAGUCUUAAGUUUAUUUAUUUUCUGAAUUUAAAUGUUACCUGUUCAGUGUGCAAUCCGUGUCUAAAGUUGUUUAUUGUACAAAUAUAGUUGUAUGCAUCGUUAAAA